CGAGCCGGCAUUUCGGUCUCGGGAUUCGGGAAUGUCUGGGCCGAGCUUUGAUAAGAUAACGAUCCCGAUGCGGGGAAUUGGAAAGCAAGCAAACAUUCUUGCCUCCAGCGAAGUAGAAUAAUAUAUUUCACGAACGAUGCUCUGGCACAAGCAUUUGAUAUAUGUAUUGUGGAUUUUGUUGUUCGCCAGAUUUCAACUCCCAAUUCAAGUGGUGAUAAAGUUAUAUUUCUAGGCUAAAAUUUAACUAAACGCCACCAGAUCUAUAAUAUAAAUCCAUCAUCUGUAACAACCUUAAAGAAGCAAAACAAGAUAAGGCCGUCGAAUCCACUGGAUCUAUCGCAACCAUGCUUUCUAUAUCCUGCGAAGGGAACUCUUAUGAGAUAGGGCUACAACAUGGCGAGCACGCACGAGAACAGGUAGCUGGAAGCCUUGAAUUCUAUGAAGGGCUAUUCAAACGGCGAUGUUUGAUGGAUUGGCAGCAAGUAUGCGAUGCCGCGGUCAAGUUCGUGCCGUUUUUGGAGACGUCGUUUCCGGGAUAUAUACAGGAGAUGCGAGGCAUUGCCCAAGGAGCUGGUGUCCCUGUGGAAUCCAUCCUGGCACUGAACGUGCGCACGGAGAUCGCAUAUGGCAUGUUCAACGACGGCUGCACGGCUCUCUCCUGGAAAUCAAAGGAUGAUAGCUUCCUUGCUCAGAAUUGGGAUUGGGAGCGCGAACAAUCCCCCAACCUACUCACCCUCCACAUCCGCCAAACAGGAACAACUACUCCCGCCCCGACAAUUCACAUGAUAACCGAAGCCGGCAUAAUCGGCAAAAUCGGCCUCAACAGCCACGGCGUCGGUGUCACCCUCAACGCCAUAAAAGCCGCCGGCGUGGACUUUGGCAAACUGCCCACCCACCUCGCGCUGCGCGCGGUUCUCGACAGUGUCUCCCGCGCCGAUGCCGUGGAGAAAUUGGAGCGAUAUGGCGUUGCGGCUGCGUGUAAUAUCAUCGUUGCGGAUCGGACGGGUGGGGUUGGGUUGGAGUGUUCGGCGAGGGAUGUCGUGCGGCUGGAGAUGGGAGAGAGGGAGGAGGAUGGAGGAGGGGAUGUAGCGGGUGUCGUCACGCAUAGCAACCAUUUCAUCCGCCCGCAUUUGGACACGGAGGGGAAAGUGCAUUUGGUUGAUACCCUUGACAGGUUGAAGAGGGUGAGGGAGUUGGUAAAGGAAAAAUCAGCAGCGGGCCCGCCUAGUGUUGCCGUGAUUGAGGAGAUUUUGAAGGAUGAACAGAGCUACCCGACUGGUAUUUGUCGGGAGGUCACGGAGGAUAGCUCCAUCGCGACGUUGUUUUGUAUUGUGAUGGAUCUGGGGAAAAGGACGGGUUUGAUUAAAAUGGGCAGGCCGGUUAAGCCUGAGGGGGAGGUGGAGUUACGGCCGUGAUUUAGAUGGCUUCGUUUUCUUUCUACCUUUUCCGUAUCACUGUUUAUUUUUUUUUAUGAAUGAUGAACUGGGGUACAGUAGUUGCUUGGGAUUGCGCAUCAAUACAAUUCGAGCGUUGCAGAUAAUAUAUGUAAAUGAACAAUUGCACUAACUAUAAUGAAGAAAAGAUAAAAAAUUUCGGCGAUAGAUCAACG